UUGUGUUUGUGAUGUGAUGUGGUGACAAUGCGUAUAAGUGGGUGUUAAGGAUUAUCGGUAUGGUGUUGGAAGGUGGUUUGCCGGCGCCGCUGCAGCUGUACGCGGCUGCGGCGGCCGGUUUGGCGCCCAGGCCUACGUGGCCCCCGUUCUUACCGUUCUUUGGAGUCCCACCGCCGUUCCUGGCGAGGCCCCGACUCCCUCACCCGCUGCCGGCGCGGGCCCCGCAUGGCCCGCCGAGCGAAGACUCUAAUGAAGACGGUGGAAGCAGUAAGGGUGGUAUUGGUGAUGACGAUGGUGACAGCGGCAAACGAAGACGCUCCAGGACAAACUUCAACUCCUGGCAACUGGAAGAGCUGGAGAGAGCUUUUCUGGCGUCACACUAUCCAGAUGUCUUCAUGAGGGAGGCUCUGGCUAUGAGACUGGACCUUAAAGAGAGUAGAGUCGCGGUCUGGUUCCAAAACCGUCGCGCAAAAUGGCGCAAGAAGGAGCACACAAAGAAAGGCCCCGGGCGGCCCGCGCACAAUGCGCACCCUCAGUCCUGCUCCGGGGAGCCCAUACCGCCCCAUGAGCUUAGAGCUCGCGAGAGGGCGAGAAGAAGAAAGAAGCUGGCAAAAGCGCUAGAGAGGCAGGCGAGGAAACUACGUGCGAAGGGCAUAGCUGUAGACCUCGAGGCUCUGAAAGCAGAGUACCUAGCGCAGCAUAGAAACAGCGGUCUCUACUCGGACUCAGAUGGGGAAGUCGAAGGAGAGGAGUGUAUGAUCGAUGUGGUAGGUGGAGACUCUUGUCACGACUCCGGCCCAGAGGACUUCUCUUUGGCGGGUCGGCUCCGCGCGCCAUCUAGCGGUGAUGCAAUCAACAACUCUGACAGCUCCACGUCAGACGCGCACUCUGGUAGGAACUUCAGCCCCCUUCCCGACCCUCAACCGUCAUUCUUCAAGCAAUUCAGCGCUGCUGCAGCCAACUUCGACAAAUUUGACUUCGAUUCAGGGAGAGCGGUGUCUUUAGACCUAAGCGGAACAUCGUCGGAACAGGACUUGUCCAAAAAUGGAGGAGCAAGAAAGCACAAUCCGUUCAGUAUAGAGUCUUUGCUUAAUACGUGAAAAUAACUGUAGAAGCUUUAUACUGGUGUUAUGAUUGGGUUGUCUGUUUACAGACAUUCGUUUUAUGCAUUAUACAAACACUUCUCAUUAAUAAUAUA